AUGUCUACUCUCCUGGAAAACAUCAUUGCCAUCAUCGACCUAUUCCAUGAGUACUCAACAACAGACAAGGAGACUGACACACUGAGCAGGGAAGAACUGAAGGAGCUCCUGGAAAGAGAGUUUCGGCCAGUCCUGAAGAAUCCAGAUGACCCAGACACUACUGAUGUCUUCAUGCAUAUUCUUGAUCUAGACCAUGACAAGAAAAUUGACUUCACUGAAUACUUUCUAAUGGUAUUCAAGUUGGCUACAGCAUACUAUGAGUCGAACAGAUAUCAGAACUUCCAAGCAACAGAGCAAAACCAAAACCACCAUGCACACCAUACAAAAGAUGAAGACGAUGAUUUAGACGAAGACGAAGUACAAGAAGAAAAAGAAGAAAAAUUGAGAAAAUCCACACGAUCAGGAAAAACCCAUGAAAAAAGGAAGGAGACAAGAUCCAAAGGACUAAAAGGAAAAGGGAAAAAUAGACACAAGCAAGGACAUGACAAUUCUAGAAAGGCAGAAUCCCUUGAGGGUCAGGCAGCCGAUGGUGGACACUCGGAGCGAGGAUCUCGUCACCAUCAGUCAUCCACUCAGGCACACGGCUCUAGACACUCACACCCUGAGCAUGGACAAUCCUCAUCUGAAUCCAGGCCAGUGAGAAACCGAGGGUCCAGUGUCAGUCAGGACAGCGACAGUGAAGGACACUCAGAAGAUUUGGACAGACAGCAUGGUCAAGAUCUGGCACAAGAGGACGACAAGAAUCCCAGCAUGACCGGUCAGCAGGCACCUCCAGACGCUCAGCCACUGGACAUGGACAAUCGUCCUCUGGAUACGGGGCAAGCAGACAGCGGGGAUCCAGUGUGA